GUGUCUUUGACACAUCCUGCCUUGAGCGGAAGUGUCUGGGAUUCUGCUCGAGUCGUCGCUUCAAAACAGUCGUUUGUAAAGGGAGACGGGGACAAGCGGUGUCCGCAUCUCUCCCUCCACCAUCACCGGCAGCCGGGCUCUUUUUAGGCUUUAUGAGCGCGGGACAUGCUCUGUCAGGUCUGCGCAAUCUACGUGAACGCUUGUCUGGACACAGGAGAGGAUUAAGUUACUGCUGUUGGCGGCGGAUUAUUUUAUUGGCCUCUUCUUGUCACGCCCGAGUCUUUGGUGAUCCUUCUUCCAAUUAAGAGAGGUCUCUCAAAAACCGCAGGUAUGUCUUUCCGGCGAGGUGUGGUCAGGCAGAGCAAAUUCCGCCAUGUUUUCGCCCAGGCGUGGAAAGCCGAGCACUGCAUCGAUGAUGUCAGAGUGUCCCGGGUGACGUGGGACAGUCCACUCUGUGCAGUCAACCCCAAAUUCAUUGCUGUUAUCAUUGAAGCGGGUGGAGGAGGGGCCUUCCUCGUGGUUCCAAUCAGCAAGAGUGGAAGAAUCGACCAGUCCUGUCCCACGGUCUGUGGUCAUGCAGCACCAGUGCUGGACAUCCAGUGGAGUCCUCAUGAUGACAAUGUCAUUGCAAGUGCCUCAGAAGAUUGCACGGUGAAGGUGUGGCAGAUCCCAGAUGGUGGGCUCACAAGUCCAAUGACUGAUGCCACUGUGACCCUUGAGGGACACAGUAAACGAGUGGGACUCCUGGCUUGGCACCCAACUGCCUUCAAUAUCCUCCUAACUGCAGGCUGUGAUAAUGUGAUCUGCGUGUGGAACGUGGGCACGGGGGAGCUAGUGUACCAGCUUGAUGACGCCCACCCAGACUUGAUCUACAAUGUCAGCUGGAACAAGGACGGCAGUGCGAUAUGUACCGUCUGCAAGGACAAAGCCCUGCGAGUCAUCGAUCCGCGAAGAGGCGCCGUCCUCAAGGUCAGAGAGAAAGUCCAUGAUGGUACCAGGCCCAUGAGAGCCGUGUUCCUCUCUGAUGGAAAAAUCCUGACGACAGGCUUCAGCCGUAUGAGCGAGAGGCAGCUGGCUUUGUGGGAUACUAAAGACCUCUCAGAGCCAAUGGUAAUACAGGAAAUGGAUACGAGUAAUGGAGUUCUGCUGCCCUUUUAUGACCCCGACACAAACAUGGUCUACCUGUGUGGGAAGGGGGACUGCACCAUCCGAUACUUUGAAGUGACUGAUGAAUCACCGUACGUUCACUUCCUCAGCUUAUACAGCAGCAAAGAGCCUCAGAGGGGUGCAGGCUUUCAGAGUAAAAGAGGUGUGGAUGUCAAUAAGUGUGAAAUUGCCAGGUUUUAUAAGCUUCAUGAGAGGAAGGUGGAACCCAUUUCUAUGACUGUACCACGAAAGUCAGAUCUGUUCCAGGGAGACCUUUACCCAGACACAGCCAGCCUGGAGCCAGCCCUCCUGGCUGACGAGUGGAUCGCGGGGCAGGACGCGCCACCGCUGCUGGUCUCCCUGAGUGGUGGCUACACAGCUCCUCCAUCCAAACACAGAGACACUCUCAGAAGCAAGCCCAAGCUCGUCUCUCAGGACUCUGGGACUGGGGCCGUCCCACCUUCCGCAGGGAACGUAGCAGCUCCCACGUCCACACCUACCUCUGCCGCCAAGGAGACAGAAGAAGAGACGCCACAGCCGACAGCGGCCACGAGGGAGACGGAUGGAAACGGCGAUAGGCCAAAGAGAGAGGAUGACGUGUUGAGCGAGCUGUUAGCAGAAAUGAAAGCUCUGCGGGCCGUCGUGCUUGCUCAGAAUCAGAGAAUUGAGUUGCUGGAGAGACAGCUAGCACGGAUUGAAGAUGGGGAUGUAUGAGCAAGCGGAAGAUUCACUACAUUCAGAUGGCUUUUUUUUUUUUC